AUGAGCGACAUCACUGCCACCAAAACGCUGUACUUAAUCCGCCACGGCGAGUCUACGUUCAAUGAGUGGCGAACACGUAGCCUAUGGAACUUCUCAUGGAUCUUUGUGCGUGAUCCGAUGAUUGUGGACGCACCAUUAAGCGCAACGGGUCGAGAACAGGUGGCCAAGCUUCACAAGUUAAUUCAAUCCAAGCAUCUCGAGGAUAUAAUCGAAGUGAUCAUAACAAGUCCAUUGACUCGAGCGAUUGAGACGACAAUUGAAGCUUUUCCUGACACGAAAAUUCCCAUCGUAGAUUCAUCGUGUCGUGAAAUGCUUGAUACUGCUUGCGAUAUUGGCCGCCAACCGACUGAGCUGGCGCAGCAGUUCCUGUCACAAGCAGAUCUCGACUUUUCGAAUCUAGACCCAAUUUGGUGGUUGGACUCAAAAAAUGUUGCGCGAUUGAGAACUGACGAUACAUCUUCGGGCAAGACUUUAAUCCCAUCAACUCCGGAUGAAGUGCUCCCUCUUCGAGAAACGGCGAAAGAUGUAGAUGUACGGAUUCGUGAGUUUGUGGCCAAGUUGGAAGAAAGACCUGAGCAGCACAUCGCUAUAGUGGGACACUCAUCUUUCUUUAAGCGCAUGCUAGCAAUGAGAAGAAAACUUUGCAACUGCGAACUCCUGGAGAUCUCAUUUGAUCACGUUCGGCUACGCUAUCUUCGACAAGAGGUUAAUGCAAACUUUUUAAAGUGA